GCAAAGAAAGACACGGCAUCCCAGCAUCCUUCGCGCAUCGAGUAAGGACAUUUCCGAAGAGGACACGGCUACAAUCCUCCCAAGACUCGUGUAGACUUGUGCUUGAUCCCGAAUCCAAAAUGUCUGAAACUAUUCAAGAAAAGCUGAACAACUACAAGACUGCUCCCUUUGACGCACGAUUCCCAAACACCAACCAGACCCGCAACUGUUAUCAGAAUUACGUGGACUACCACAGGUGCAACAAGGCUCUGGAAGCCAAAGGCCAGGAUCUGACCCCCUGUCAGUGGUACAUGAGGGUUUACAAGAGCCUCUGUCCCAAUAGCUGGGUUAGUAGAUGGGAUGAGCAGAUAGAAAAUGGAUCAUUCGCAGGGAAGAUCUGACAACUCCCAACCACUAUGGACGAGGAGAUUUGACUGCAGGACACUCUUGUUACUUACCUUACCUCUGUAGCUAAUGUUGGAUUCACACAGCUAUUUCACUAUCACAUCAUCAUUACUGAUGUCACUAAAACUGCAAAUACGCACAAAUUUCUACCCACCUUGUUGAAAUUUGAAGUUUGUUUUCAGUCUUUACUCCUUGAACAUUGUAUAAUGUAGUACAGAAAAAAUUAAAACAGUUGUGUUCAUGUA